AUGAAGCUCUUUGGUAAGUUUGUUAGUAAUUGUGGUUCAAAGACACGUCUUGAGAAUUAUGCACAACUCAAAGAACAUUUUCCUAUCUCUGCUUUUGGAAAGUGUGUUGUCAAUCGAACAAAUGAUUCUCAACAGUGUGCUCGUCAUUCUCAGUGUGAACUUGAAAAACUCUCUAAGUCAAAGUUUUACUUGGCUUUUGAAUCGACCACAUUGAGACGUGAUUAUAUCACUGAGAAAUUUUGGCGAUCGUUAUCUCAUGGCGUAAUACCUAUUGUUCGUGGUCCAAAACGUCGAAGCUAUGAACGAGUUGCUCCACCUAAUUCAUUUAUUUAUGCAAAUGACUUUAGUGAUCCUCGAACAUUAGCCAAACAUUUAAAUGAUGUGGGAACAAAUCAAAAUGAGUAUGAAAAGUAUCAUAAAUGGAGAAUUAAUUAUGAAACACGUUAUCUAAGUUAUGAUGUGGAGCCGUUUCGUUUUUGUGAACUAUGUUAUAAACUUAACACGAAUAGAGAUCGUAUUUGGUAUACUGACGUAAAUAAAUACCUCUCAGAAAUAGAUUAA